CUUCUUUCUCUUUCUCGCUGCCUUUAAGUAGUGUCUAUGCUAUGUGAUCCUUUUCUUAUCCUAUCCUCUCUUCGCCCACAGCUUCACGCGCUAACAAUACUCGCCGGUGAAAGACUCGUCGGAGACUAUGGAUGAUAUUCCGGCCAUGCUACCUGAUGUUGAUUUCAUGAUUUUGUAGUGGCGUGUAUUGUUUGAGAGGUUAAUUGUGUUUAGUAUAAACCCUAAGCAAAAGCAACUUUACUUAGCAGAGUUUUCAAGUUAUUCUAUGCUUACUCAAUUUUCUCUGUAUAAAUUAAAUUAAUUCAGAAAAUAUUAAGACGAUCGCUAAUAGGUUUCAGUUUUUUACCGUUUUUCAGAGUCUCAUUAAUUAGAAUUUUUCAAAUUAAGUUCUCGAAAAUUUGAAAAAGCGGUUUUGGAGAUUCUCUGUAUAAAUUUGAUUCAUAAUUCAAGAUCGGGAGAGUCUGUGAUUUUUGUUUCGGAGAUUCGUUAUGCCUUUCACGAUGAAGAUUCAGCCGAUCGAUUCUCAGGUGCCGGCCGAGAGGAUUAAGCCGGUUGUGAAGUCACGGCUGAAACGACUCUUUGAGCGUCAGUUCUCAGGCGUUCUGAAGAAUCCACCGGUGGAGAAGAUCAGCGGCGAUGAGCUGCAUGCACGCAAAGACGGAAACGGAAACGGCAUCGUCGAUUUCGAACCAAGCUCCGUGUGUCUGGCGAAGAUGGUGCAGAGUUUCAUUGAAGAGAAUCAAGAGAAACAUUCCGUUUCCUGUGCUCGCAACUGCUUCAACGGAAACUUGGAUGAUUGCUCCGACAGUGAUCUUCACGCGCUCGGUGGCUCUUCCACCGGUGAAGUGUACGAAACCCUCAAGGGUUUGGUGGCGUGUCCAAAUGUUUUUGAAAAGAAUUUGUUAGCGGAGAUCACAAAGAUAAUUGAGAAGAACAAAACUGUGUGUAAACGCAAAGACGAUAAUUGCAGAAAGACUAUAACUGAUGGAUUGUUAACUCUUGGAUACGAUGCUUCAAUUUGCAAAUCUCGCUGGGAAAAAUCAACUUUCUGUAUCGCCGGGGAAUAUGAAUAUAUUGAUGUUGUAAUGGGAAAGGAGAGGGUGAUAAUUGAUGUUGAUUUCAGAUCAGAAUUUGAGAUUGCUCGAUCAACCAAGUCUUACAAAGCGAUUCUCCAAACGCUUCCUUAUGUUUUUGUAGGGAAGAGUGAUCGUUUGCAGAGUAUUGUAGCCAUAGCUUCUGAGGCAGCGAAACAGAGUUUGAAAAAGAAGGGUUUGCAUGUUCCACCAUGGAGAAAACUCGAGUACGUUAGAUCAAAAUGGUUAUCUCCUUACACAAGAACCAAACAACCUCUGUUUUGCAAUUGGCCUCGUGAAAUCAGUGAGGAAACUGAGAGAAAACAGAGGGUUUUGAUUGGUGGUGGUGGUGGUGAGUCUGAAGUGAGUCGCGAUGAGUCAGAGUCAAAAGCGGUGGUUGAAUGGAAGCCACCAGAAUUGAAACCCAAAAACUCGCUGACCGGGGUUAAGGUUGUGACUGGUUUGGCAGCUGUCUUUCGUGAAAACCCAUGAAAUUUUGUUUUUUAACCCAAAAAAAAAGAAGUCAGGUUUUUGUAUUUUAAUAUGAGAUUUUAAUUCUCUAUAUAGAUAGAGAAUUCAGAGCUUGUGUAAGUACUGUAAUAGGCUAACAGCUAUAACCCCUUCUGUUUUUUAUUGUAAGGGAUGGUUUUUUCUUUUUUUUACUGAUAUAAUAUAUAUAAAUAUCAUAUAAUAUAAUAUAAAGAAAUAUAUAAUAAAAAUAAAGUUGAUUAAA